GGUCUCACAGGUUUGAACCCAGUGCUCUGGAAGAUGGUUACCUCACCACUGAGGACUCCACUGGGUGGGACUGAAACACAUAGAAGGGCACGAUAAGUAGGUUUGGUUAAAUCCUGUGGUGUCAGAACAGUAAUCAGCAAUGGCUGGGACAAGUAGACAACCCAAUGCUUACAAGGCGAAAACUUUAUGACUGAGCCAACACCUCCUUCGCUUCACUUCUCUUCCUAUGUUAGAGUUAAGGAAACAUUGAAGAGUCCACUAAUAAGCCCAUGUUGGAGCUGAAGAUGGCAGUCUGUUAGCUCUGUGGCACCUACACUGGGUUUCCCAGUGACCUCUACUAGUCAGGGUAAAUAAUGCCGGCAUCAAUAGGCUUUCUGUAUGUCACCCAGCAUCAAUUGGAGGUAGCUGGAGUUGGAUACAUGGCAUCUCUACGCCAGCCAGCUCUCCCUCAGACACUUGCCUGGAGGCCUGGUCACAUCAGACAAAUACCUCUGGGCAGAAUCACAUCAGCAUGUAAACACACCUCAUCUCUGGAGCGAUCAGACCAUUCAGGCCACACCUCUGAACACACCUUACUACAGCUCACCUUAGCUAUCAUGUGAACCAGCGGUAUUCAAAUCUUACCCUAUAAGGUCAAGAGCCUGCUGGUUUUCUGUUCUCCCUGAUAAUUAAUUGCGCCCAUCUGGUGUCCCAGGUCUAAAUCAGCCCCUGAUUGGAGGGGAAGAAUUUUAAAAAACAACAGUGGAACUGGCUUGACGUCCUGGGUCCGUAUCCACAAAGUGUCUCAUAGUGCUGAUCUGAGAUCAGUUUAGCCUUUAGUUCAUAAUGAAUAAGACUGAAUAGACAGAUACAUUUAUCAAAAACACAUUCCACCAAAUAUUAAUAUAUAUAUUUUUGAUAUGAGGAAGAAAAGCCUUAUGCAUGUAUUUUGUUUAACUAGGCAAAUCUGUUAUUCUCUUAUCUCUUAUUCUCUUAUUUACAAUGACGGCCUAAUUAUGAAAAAAUAUCUGAAUCAAACCCAUUGAAUUAAUAGAAGUAAAUCAAAACUAGAGCUAAAACAUGAAACAAGGGGAAUGUUGACUUUAGGCAGGGAAAGUUACAAGUCGUUGAACUCAAAUAAGAGUCGGAAGGGCCAUGUUUAAGAGGACGCCAGUAAAAGGUGCUAUUGUAUCACCAGUUGGGUUAUGAGAAGGGAGGAUAGAUGAGGGAAGACACUACAAAAGGCAGCCCUCUUCCUACGCAAUAGACCACGAGACACAACAAGGUUUAAUCAGAAGGUCAAUGGCCAGACUAUGGUGGGAAGUCACUAGCCAUUUUUCAAAGUACAGCAGAACACUCGUGCUGACUCCGAUGUUUAGACACUAGUGGGCUGCGUCCCAAAUGGAACCCUAUUCCCUAUAUAGUGUACUACUACUGACCAGGUGCCAUUUGGGAUGCAAGCCAGUGUCUUCCAUGGUGGGUUGUCAGAGGGUAGGGUGAACAGAGCGUCAGUAACACUGGUGGUUGAACAGAGCUCACACGCCAUGGCAGGAGCGUCCACCAUAGUAGUUUUGGGGCUUUUGUUCCUCACGGAAUGCCACUCGGCCCCAGUGCAGUGUGGGGAGAUGGUGGGGCGUCUGCAGGCUGAGAUGGAGCACCUGGUGAGGGUGAUCAACGACCAGCACCACUACAUCCAGGGACUUCACUUCAGCCAGGCCCAGAAGCUGCCCCAGAUCCCCCAGACACACCUCCAGACUGGGGGCCAGUACAAAGACUGUGCUGAGAUCUUUAAGGAUGGGAACUCCGUUAGUGGCCUGUAUAUGAUCAGACCGGACCAGGCUCCCUCCUCCUUCAUGGUGUUCUGUGACAUGAGUGAUGGAGGAGGCUGGACUGUCAUCCAGAGGAGAAAGGACGGCACGGAGUCCUUCGACAGAGCGUGGGUGGAGUAUAAGCAUGGUUUUGGAGGCAGCGAGUCAGACGGAGAGUUCUGGCUAGGGAACGACCCCCUACACUACCUCACCUCUCAAGGCGACUACAACCUAAAGAUCAACAUGGAGGACUUUGACGGAAACCAGCGCUUCGCCAAGUACAAAAACAUGAAAGUUGAUGAUGAAAAGAACCAGUAUAAGCUUAAUCUGGGUGAGUACACUGGCAAUGCGGGGAUUCAGCCCUCCCAACAGAGUAUUGACCUUCUCCCAUCCCAGUGGGCAGUGGAACAGUCUAGGGGCCAGUCAACUGGGAGUCAAGUUCAGAGUAUUGACCUUCUGCAUUACUGUGGAGAUUCAUCCCAACAAGUCUCAGAUGUUGGUGUCAUUCUGCAUCUCUCCACCAGGUGUGAGUCUGGCAACUUGAACGGUCACUACUACAACGGGCCGUACCAAGCGGUGAUGGAUGACGGGGUGGUCUGGUACACCUGGCACGGCUGGUGGUAUUCAAUCAAAUCCGUUGUCAUGAUGAUCCGGGCCUCCGACGUCCAUCCGGCUGGAUCUGAUGUCUAACUGACCAGAACGCCAGACGACAUCGAUCCUGUUAAGAGUUUUGCCUCACUUAGGAUAGGCUGAAGGUGGUGUUACAUCAUAGAGAACAUCCAAUCAUAACAAUCUUGAUGCUAAAUGAGGUAAAACAGUAAUUCUGCUCGUAGAUUAUUAAAGGAUUACAUUUAUUUUCAUAGUCAAUUGCAGACCAAAAAUGUAUUUAAGCUUUUAACCCAACCCCUUUGAAUCAGAGAGGUGGGGGUUGGGGGGGGGCUGCCACAUUGGGUGCCAGAGGAGCUGUUGUUGUUCAUUUCAACUGACAACCUUUUGGUUAUUUGCCCAACGUUUUAACUUGCUAGGCCACCUGCUGCUAGCCCAUAUGCAUGUGAUCUACACAUCCAGCCCAAAGCAGGAGGUUUAAAACAUACUUUCUUAGUCGCCAAUGUACCGGAGCAGGUCUUGUGAAUGUGACUGUUGGCCGAUUUUUACAUGUUUUUCUUUUAUAAAUAAUGGUACAAUGUGUGUACAAUUGUGUACUUUCCACUCAAAUAAUUUCCGAUUGUGACUAAAUUUUAAUAAAAUGUUAACUAUGAUCAACUCUUACUUUAACAGAAAUAUUGCCUAUAUUUCCCCCCAGAGUUCUCACUUGCAACCAGACUGGGCACGUUCCAGGUCGUUCUCGCUGGGCACGUUCCAGGUCGUUCUCGCUGGGCACGUUCCAGGUCGUUCUCGCUGGGCACGUUCCAGGUCGUUCUCGCUGGGCACGUUCCAGGUCGUUCUCGCUGGGCACGUUCCAGGUCGUUCUCGCUGGGCACGUUCCAGGUCGUUCUCGCUGGGCACGUUCCAGGUCGUUCUCGCUGGGCACAUUCCAAUCCAACGUUCCAAUCUUAAAAGAAACUGCUCUAUCAUAUAAAUGGGCUUCCUCAGACAAACAGUUCUCCAGACAUUGUGAGAUCUAAUCUACUGCACAGAUCCACUGCACUAAAGACAACCUGGAACACGCCCAUUUCCCCCCCUGUGUUUUAAGCCAACCCUUAAGACAUUCACUAGUUUCUACCUGUUAAUACUGCAGCCAGAGAUAACAGACACUAGACAUGCCUGAAUAGUGUGUGCAAACAAACCAGUAGUACAUUACAGACAGACAGAGCACCAAAACCUCACCAGUGAAAAGAGAGUGUAUUACUUCCAUGUUAAAGCUCAGUGGUCGUAGAGGAGAUUUGAGGCCACUGAGGUGUUAAAUGGGAGAUCUGUGCCCUCCAGGGUGGAUUCCUUUCUCUAGGUACUACUGCACAACAACAGGAUUGAGCGUGCGCACACACACACACACACACUCUGCUUCGACAUAGCGGUCAAUCAUUUUGACAGGUAAAGGACUUGUGUGUGUGUG